GACUUUCUGGCAAUCCCUAUUACUUCUGUGCCUUCUGAGAGUGCAUUUAGUUCUGGUGGGAGGUUGUUAGACCCUCACCGGAGCAGGCUGCAUUAUUCGACUGUGGAGGCAAUGAUGUGUACUAGGAGUUGGAUAAUGGAGGACAUGCAACGAGAUUCAGAGGCUGCUGCAGAGGCAUUGGAGGGACUCUUCUCAGCAAUGACAGUGGAAGAUACAAGUGUGGAAGAGGCAGAACCUGGU